AGUCGGCACAGUGACGAAAAACUGGUAAACUGCCAGAGUGACAAAUCAUGGAAUAACAAAUAAUAAUAAACUAUUUAUCGUAAAUAUACGAAGGUGUUAAUUCUAGCAACCACAAGGAGCGGAGAAUCAGGUUGUGAACAAAACACAAGUUGUUUGUUGUUUUCUUGGUAGUUGCUAGGUUUGUGAAAAUAGAGAAAUGAAUAUUGAAGUUCUUCAAGAAGAGGCAAUGCUCUCUGCUUCUGUUUCAUUGUCAUCCAUGUUGCAGCGCCCUGAUCAGCUUGAAAAGGUGGAGCAGUACAAACAACGAGUAACUAGGAAAAAAACUUCAGUUGAAGCAAUGCUAAAAACAGCUGUGCAAAGUCAACUUGAUGGUGUGAUAAGUGGGCUGCAACAAUUGCAAUCAGCAUUGGUUGAUAUUAAUGACAUUCGUCAUAGGUUACAUGAAAUUGAAGAGUGUGUCACAACAAUUCCCACACUAUGUGAAAGUGUAAAAAAUGUAAGGCAAGAACAUGUUGUCUAUUCUCAAUAUGCUGUUGCCAUGGAAAAUUUGAAACAUAUUUUCACUGUUCCAGAAAGUGUCGAUAAAACUCGCCAGUGGAUAUCCGAAGGAAAACUUCUUCAUGCGCAUCAAAGUCUUACGGAUCUAGAGAACUCGCGUGAUGACUUGCUCUACGAACUCCACAGGUUACCUAAUCAUUCUUUGCAAGAUAAGCAAAUGCUUAAGGCGUAUUUUUCUGGAGUGCAACAGUUGUCAGAACAGUUGGGAAAGCAGCUGUGGUUACUUUUGGGUAGAUCUUUGAACACAGUUCGAAAGGAACCGCAAGUGAUUGUUACAGCAGUUCGAAUUAUUGAGCGGGAAGAACGUGCAGAUGCUUAUGCGGUGCAGCGUCAAAAGCAAAGUGGAUUCUUGCCACCGGAUAGACCAAAAAGAUGGAAAGCAAGAGCACUGGAAGUUCUAUACGACGCGGUCGUUGAAAGAAUAGAGGGCAAUCAAUUCGAAGAGAGAGCUGACAAUAAAAUGUGGCUAGUGCGUCACCUUGAGGUGACUCGUUUGCUGAUUAUCGAAGAUCUUCGUGUGGUGAAAACUCUGUGCGCCCCUUGCUUUCCUCCUCAUUGGGAUAUCGUCAAUCAGUUUUACCAGAAAUAUCACACGAGCAUCAGCAAACACCUCGAAGAAGUGAUUGCAGCUGGCCUGGUUGGCAAUGAAUUUGUUACACUGUUGUCAUGGGUGCUUCAGACAUAUCCAGGUCCAGAGCUCCUCCGACACCAGGAUGUCAACAUCGACCCUACUUCGUUAGGGCCAAUUUUGAGCGAUUCUACCAUAGAAAAGCUUUUCCAGGAAUAUAUAAGUAAUAUGGCCUCAAACUACAACGACUGGAUGCAAAAGACUGUUGAUGCAGAGGCCAGGGAUUGGAGACGACCCAUCGUUCCGGAAUCGGACGGCGAUGGUCAUUAUCACACCGAGUCGAUCGUUAUCAUUUUCCAAAUGGUGGAGCAAAAUCUAAGUGUGUCGCGUACAAUAAGCAACGAAUUGAUGAUGCGGGCAUUGAUUUUGGGACUGGAACAAAUCACGCAGUAUGGGGAAAUGUACCGAGAAGCGAUAAAUCUUUUCAAAAACAAACACUUUGAAGAUAGAAGCCAAGUGCCUUAUUUUACACACUACAUGAUUGCAAUUAUUAACAACUGCCUGCACGCGAUGGAACUUUCUCAGCAAAUGAGAUCUCGGAAUGGGAAUAAGGGUGAUCAAAGUGGCACUUCAUCAUUUUUCAACAAAUUCGAAAUUCUUAGCCAAACUUACGAUAGCCUUAGGAAUGAGGCAGCUGGAUUUUUACUAGAUGAGGCUUUCCUAGAUCUUGAACCACACUUUCAGGAUCUGUUGACUCGCAAAUGGGUCCUUUCGACCGUUCCCGUUGAUACCAUUUGCGCAACUUUGGAGGACUACUUUCAGGAUUACAUGCACUUGAGGCCACGCAAUUUUGAAUACGUCAUCCGGCAAGCUGAAAUAUGCAUCACUCGAAAAUACAUAACGUCCAUUUUUCAGAAGAAGCUGUCGUUGAAAGACGAACGAAGAGAAGUAGCGGACAAAAUCAUCCAGGAAGCUGGGCAAAUCGAAGCUCUUUUAGCUCCAGCAUCUCUCAGUCGUGCUUUUUCGUCGGAUGCUCCAAAGGUCACCGAAGAUGCGGCAAAGGCGAUAUCUGCUUUGGCCGAAGUCAUCAAAUGUGAUUCAGAAAUUAUAACUCUGGAGCUCAUAAACUUCAUCAAAAAAUACCCCGAUGUCAGUCAAGAUCAGCUCACGUGUCUACUGAGUCUUAGAGGAGAUUUUGGAAGAAUUGAAGCCCGCCAAAGAGUGGCGGACUUGUUGUCCAGCGGCUCCAAAGACGAGAGUGCUAGAUCGACGAUUUUUUCUUUGAUUACUGUUCCAAGUUCCAUUUUCUCAUGAACACUCUUUCUUUAUCUACGCAUGUUAUCCGAUUUAAUAAAAAUGCUACAGCAUUCAAUAAUGUUUGUUACACCAACGA